CUCAGCAGGUGGGUUCAAGUUCUUUAUUAUUAAUUCCCAAUUCAAUGUUUUAACAUAAUGGCACAAGACAAAUGAGACACUCUGGUGCAUUGAUCAGCUCUUUUGUCGGUCAGCAGGUGAUCGAAGACAAUGAAAGCUGGACAACGAAAGCUUGCAAUUGUGACUGUGACGCAGACGAGUCCACCACCGAGACGACGUCCAUCAUAUCUAGCUCGGCCUGGAUCCAGGAAAUGCACUGCAUGCCAGAAUGCCCUUAUCACAGACCCCUGGGCUUCGAGGCUGGAUCCGUCACUCCUGACCAAAUCAGCUGCUCUAAUCAAGAGCAGUACACGGGUUGGUUCUCCUCAUGGGUUCCCACCAAGGCCAGACUUAACAGCCAGGGGUUUGGGUGUGCUUGGUUGUCUAAGUACCAGGACACCAACCAGUGGCUGCAGAUUGACCUGAAGGAGGUGAAAGUGGUGUCUGGCAUCCUUACCCAAGGACGCUGCGAUGCAGACGAGUGGAUCACCAAGUACAGUGUGCAGUACCGCGUCCAUGAGAACCUCAACUGGAUCUACUACAAAGAUCAGACAGGAAACAACAGGGUGUUUUACGGUAAUUCUGAUCGCUCCUCCUCGGUCCAGAACCUGCUGCGUCCUCCCAUUGUGGCACGCUACAUCCGAAUCAUCCCUCUGGGCUGGCACACACGUAUCGCUAUCCGCAUGGAGCUUCUGCUCUGCAUGAAGAAAUGCACCUAACGUGACA